AUGGGGGAUAACAUCAUCAACUUCUACGCGGGUCAACCCCCUUUAAAUAGGGUAGCAUUCCAAAGACAUUCGAGUGAACUCAUGAAUCGUAAUUUACAUGAUCCAACUACUAAAUUCUUGGUUUUCAAAUCUGGAAAUCCUCUUAUGAAGAAAGGCCAAGUUGGACAAGUCCUGUAUCUAUCUAAAGAGGAUAUAGGCGAUAGAUUAGGAAAAGAGUUUGGGGCUGCCCCCCCUGACUCCCCUCCAGAUGCGAAGAAGAUCUACGAAGGAUCUCGACUUCCCCAAACACUUGCAGCAUUGGUCUUCUUAGGAAUAGACGAUCGUCAAUCACCCACAAAUAACUCUUCUUCACAAGUGGAACAUCACAAUCCUAAAGGAACAGCUUACUUCGCUAUUGAUGCAGGAAGUGAAGAGUGGGAUUUGGAAAAACUGAAUGCCGAAUUCGGUGAAGCGAGAGCAAGUGGAAGUGCUAUGACUCCCUGGGACGCAGCUGUUUUCGCUCAAGGAAGGGCUUUGAUUGAUUGGAAUGUAAGGAACAAAUUCUGCCCAGCGUGCGGGUCUAACACUUACUCCCUAUGGGCAGGAUGGAAGCGAAACUGUAUCUCAUCAGUCGAACCUGUUCCAGGUAAAGAACCGUGUUUCUCCACAAAGGGAUUACACAAUUUCGCUUAUCCUCGAACAGAUCCUGUCAUCAUAAUGGGUAUACUGGAUUCGACAGGAGAAAAGAUGUUACUGGGAAGACAAAAAUCGUGGCCUAAAGGAAUGUACUCUUGCUUAGCGGGAUUUAUCGAACCUGGAGAGACGUUCGAGGACGCAACUAGGAGAGAAGUAUUGGAAGAAGCAGGUAUCGAGGUUGGACCUGUAAGAUACUCAUCAAGUCAACCGUGGCCUUAUCCAUCGAAUUUGAUGGUAGGUUGUUUUGGACGAGCGGAAGAUGGUCAGACCAUCAGGUUAGAUUUGGAUAAUGAGCUCGAGGACGCACAAUGGUUUCCUCGAUCAACCAUUCAAUCAGUGAUUGCCUCACCUACAGGAUCAACUUUUACGAAGAAAGACUAUAAACAAUUAGAUGACAAAUCCACAUCAGCAUCAGACGCAGAAACCUCUGCUGCUUUAGCUCCAUCAGAAAAGAAAUCAGAGGAAUUAAAACCUAAACAAGGUGAACUGGGAUUAAGUAGGGUUCCACCCGGAACUGCUAUUGCAGGUCAAUUGAUCCGACAAUGGGCAGAAGGUGGUUUGGAUCUAGUUAGCAAGUUGUAG